UUUGUUUUCAGUUACAACUUGUAAAUAUGACUAAUUUAGAAAUAGUAACAUUUGAAGAUCUUGAGGCAACAGAUGUGAUCAGUGUAGAAUUAGUACCAGAACGUAAAGGAUUGAUAUUAAAGCAUUGUGAAUAUUACGUAAGCUCUAGAAGACACGGAACAACAGUGACCCGCAGAUAUAAUGAGUUUGUUCAACUGUGUGAUGUUUUUUGUGCUAAAUAUCCAUAUCGCGCUGUAAGUCGUUUGCCACCUAAACGCGUGGUGGUCGGCGGCGGUAGCCCAGUGUUCCUGCAGCGGCGCCGUGCAGCGCUGCAGCGAUGGCUGACCCUCGUGGCGCGUCACCCGGUGCUUGCUCACGACGCGGAUUUACGCACCUUCCUCUGUGAAUCUUCUUCACGUUUGGAUAAGCCGAAGCACGAUGAAUUCGUACUGGCCGGUACUCAAGAUGAAUCCACAAGCCAAAUUUCAAUAGAUGAAAUGCAGGCAGCUUUCGUAUCAGAGCAGGAGCAGCUACGUCUCGUGCAACUUGGACUUAACAGAUUAUAUAAAAUAUUCGAAAGAGUGGGUGGUCGGUGUGAGGCUGAGCGGGCAGACAUCAGGGAGGUGGGGGCUGCGCUGAGCGCGCUCGCCGCAGCGCCCGCGGCCGAGCCCCCCGCCUGGCUCGCUGUCAGACAAGCCAUCAAGACUGCUGCUGACCUGGCUACAACAAUGGGCGAAUCGUCCAUAGAGGAGGUGGACUAUGAAUACGGCGCCGGCGCUAAAAUACUGCUAGCUUUAGAUGCCCUCGGAGCGUACAAAGAUCUAUGCGGGCGGCUGACCCGCGGGCUGCACGGCGAGCGCGCGGCCGCUGCGGCUGCGCAGGCGCACUCCGCCGCCGCCAGUCUGCUGCGCAAGAGGCACCGCUUCGCCCUCGUCUGCUGUUUAGAGGAGAGUCGCGUGGCUCGAGCGUAUGCACUCGCAGCGCUGGAGUCACUUCAGGAGCCGCUACGUACACACGGCAUCGCACACUCUCGCAUCGCCACACUGUGGGCCGACUUACACUCCACCCUCACAUAUACACACACUAAUAAUAAAACAAAAUAAUUAUUUCGAUGUUCACAUUUGUAAUUUCAAUACAGGCUAAAGGACACCGAUAUCCAAUGCCUUAAUAAAUUAAAAAAAAUAACUGUCACAUAUAUAGUCUGUUCCAAAUGAAAGCCGAAAUGUUGCAAACAUACAAACGUCAAAUGUCAUACAUGGCGGCCAUUACACUUUUAUUCUAUAAGACAUGUUGUUUUUUGAUGGUUUUCCCGCGAAAUUUCAGUUUUCGUUUCGAGCAUGAUUUCUCGUAUCGUUUUCCCUCCAUUGUGAUGUGAGAAUUUUUGAAAGAUUUAUACGAGAUAUGAUAUUUAUUUAUUUUAAUGUAUAACAUUGAUUAUUGAAAACAGAUAAAUAAA